AUCCCUCUGAUCCCUCCUGGGCAGUGUCUGUCUGCAGAUUCUGAGCGUCUGGAGUGGACCCUUGAACCUUAGCACUUGCUGGCAUCUCACCCUUCGGAGAGAUGUCUGUCACUUACGACGAUUCCGUUGGAGUGGAAGUGUGCAGUGACAGCUUCUGGGAGGUCGGGAACUACAAGCGAACUGUGAAGAGGAUCGACGAUGGCCACCGCCUGUGCAGUGACCUCAUGAACUGCCUCCAUGAGCGCGCUCGCAUCGAGAAGGCAUACGCGCAGCAGCUCACCGAAUGGGCCCGGCGCUGGAGGCAGCUUGUGGAGAAGGGGCCGCAGUAUGGGACUGUGGAGAAGGCCUGGGUGUCCCUCACAUCCGAGGCAGAGAGAGUCAGCGAGCUGCACCUGGAGGUAAAGGCCUCGCUCAUGAAUGAAGACUUUGAGAAGAUUAAGAAUUGGCAGAAGGAAGCCUUUCACAAGCAGAUGAUGGGAGGCUUCAAGGAGACCAAGGAAGCAGAGGACAGCUUCCGCAAAGCCCAGAAGCCCUGGGCCAAGAAGCUGAAAGAGGUAGAAGCAGCGAAGAAAGCCUACCACGCAGCCUGCAAAGAAGAGAAGAUGGCCAUCUCCCGAGAAGCCAACAGCAAGUCAGACCCGUCACUCAACCCAGAACAGCUCAAGAAACUUCAAGACAAAAUAGAGAAAUGCAAGCAAGAUGUUCUGAAGACCAAGGACAAGUACGAGAAGGCCCUGAAGGAGCUGGACCAGGCCACGCCCCAGUACAUGGAGAACAUGGAGCAGGUAUUCGAGCAGUGCCAGCAGUUUGAAGAGAAGCGGCUGCGCUUCUUCCGGGAGGUUCUCCUGGAGGUUCAGAAGCACCUGGACCUGUCAAACUCGGCCAGCUACAAAACCAUUUACCGCGACUUGGAACAGAGCAUCAAAGCGGCUGAUGCAGUGGAGGACCUGAGGUGGUUCCGAGCCAAUCACGGGCCAGGCAUGGCCAUGAACUGGCCGCAGUUCGAGGAGUGGUCCGCGGAUCUGAAUCGAACUCUGAGCCGGAGAGAGAAGAAGAAGGCUGCUGACGGGGUGACCCUGACAGGCAUCAGCCAGACAGGUGACCAGGCUGUGCCGAACAAGGCCGGCAGCAACCUUAAUGUCCCGAGCAACCCCGCCCAGCCUGCCCAGUCACAGUCCAGCUACAACCCCUUCGAAGACGAGGACGACACGGGCAGCACCGUCAGCGAGAAGGAGGACAUUAAGACCAAAAAUGUGAGCAGCUAUGAGAAGACCCAGAGCUACCCCACUGACUGGUCCGACGAUGAGUCCAACAACCCCUUCUCCUCCACGGAUGCCAACGGCGACUCCAACCCGUUUGAUGAAGACACUGCCUCGGGGACAGAAGUGCGGGUCCGGGCCCUGUACGACUACGAGGGGCAGGAGCAUGAUGAGCUGAGCUUCAAGGCCGGCGAUGAGCUGACCAAGAUAGAAGAUGAGGACGAGCAGGGCUGGUGCAAGGGACGCUUGGACAGUGGGCAGGUCGGCCUGUACCCCGCCAACUAUGUGGAGGCCAUCCAGUGACAGGCCAUGGGCAGGCUGGCCCCGGAGCUCCGUUAGCCUCACCCAGGCAGCGGUGGUCCCUGCAGCCCUGGGGCAUCUGCUCUACCUGCACAAGACUCUGGCCCCCUUGAGCUUGCUUCCGGGUGUGCUUGGAAGGCAGAGGAGCUGGUCAUCGCGCCUGGGACUCAGCCCUUUCCAAGUGCAUCCGGGAGCUCUGCGUGGGAAGACAGUGGGGGAGAGGAGCCGGCCCUCCGCUGCCCAGCUCUGCAGCACAGUCUGAGUGUUCCGACCUCACCUGCUCCUGGGUCGGUGUGGGUGGAGCUCGCUCUUCUUCUGCUGAUUAUUGUCUCCCACCAGUCUCAUCCCUGCUAGUUAAGUAAACAAACUAUAUGCCAUUUCCUGAGUGAAGAUUUUGAAGAUUUUAAUUUAAAGGCUAUGUACAGUUACACUUUUUUACACACCUGCUCUGCCAUCCUCUGUACAUAAGUUAUGGCACAGAUGGCUCUGAACCAGUCUCUGGGACGUGAUCGCUCUGUUUGCAGCUUGCUGUUCUUCAGCCUGGCCGCUGCCUGGGGCAGGUGGGAGGGCCACAGGUCCUGUAGACAGGCGACGCCCAAGGCGAGUGGAGUGCAGAACGUGGGGUGCACCGCGGAGGGGUUUCGAUGAUGAACGUGACCUGCGGAGGAAACCUCACACAGGACUCCCCAAGACGCCACCGCCAAAAUGAGUGUCACUCUAUUCCUGCUUAAAACUCAACUUUCUUGCACAUUCACUAUUUUAUCAGCGAUUUCAAAGGUUAAAUAAGGCUAACUUUUCUGUGAUUAAGAUGCUCUAUAUCAAGCUCUUGUGUCUUGGUGUAUAUCUGUAUAUAUUAUUUGCUAUUCAGAGAACCUAAACAGUGAGAUUUAAGGCCUCUGACCCUGUGGAGAUCUGUAAAAUGCCGUCUUCGCUGCCACCAGUGUUCCUCAUGAGCAGAUAGAGGCUGCUUGUGGACAGCAGCAAGUCUCACCGAGCACCCUCAGUCCUCACAGGCAGGUGUGCAACAGGACGACCCUGAAGGGCCCAGGUUGGGAAGGGCAUGCACCGUGUUAGCUGGGACAGUGGUGUCCUCCGCCCCUGUCACAGACACUCUGCUUUCUACCCAGCGCCUGCAGGGAGCACCUCUCUUGCUUGAAAGUGCGUGAGUCAGGGACUGUCAUGAGAAUUCCCAGCAGAAGCCCCCAGUCCUAUGCUACAGAUCUACCGACAGUUGUCACAUCUUUUAAGUUAAUAGUUCCUUUAAAUGUAUGGCAUCUUUGAACAGAAUCAAUAAACAGUCGAUCUCAGGUGUG